AUGGCGUCCGGAGCCGUCGUGCAAGUUGAAGGAGAAGCUGCCGCCGAGCUUCAUCCGCUAAGGAUCCGUGUGUCCACGCCCGCGCCCUCCGGUCCAGACAGUUUAGACACCCCCGACGACAGCUCUACACGAGGCACCAAGCGCCGGCGUGAGGAGGCCGCGCUGUUCCUGGAGAAAACGUACGAACUCUUGGAGCGUUAUCCACCUGACCUGGCCAGCUGGACGGCCAAGGGCGACAGCUUCGUUGUCAAGCAGCCCGCGGCGUUCGCGGAGCACGUGAUCCCCACGUAUUUUAAACACCGCAAGUUUAGUUCCUUCGUGCGGCAACUGAAUCUCUAUGGCUUCCGCAAGGAUUGGUGGGAGUUCCGCCAUGAACGCUUCGUACGAGGCCGCAGAGACCUGCUCUGUGAGAUCCGGAGACGAUCUCCUAGUGAUGCAAGGACGUCCACGCCAGUGUCCGGGACUCCAGUGGAGCGUGUCGAGUUUGAAGAACUACGAGCCGAAGUGAGCGGUCUACGCGAGGAGAUGCACAAGAUGCAGAGAACCAAUCAGCAACUCAAUGGGUUGCUACAGAAUCUGUUGCAGCGUUUUAGCGGAUCUGAGAACGACGGUGGCAAAAGCGCAAACCGACAGGAGUUCACCCCGACUCCAGCUUUUACCAACUCGCCUUCUGUAGCUCAGAGUCAACCGAGAUCUCUGCCGUCGAUAGCAUUGCCCAGUCCAACAGCUAGUGCCAGUCUAAGUGGUCCUCAACUAGCCUUACUUCAGCUCCGUCAGGGCCUGCAACAUCAGGGUACACCACGGGAGAUCUUGACACCUCGGACCCCUGCUUCGAGAUCCUUUCACUUACGACCAGUGCAGUCGUUGAUGGUUAAAGUGAGUCCAAGUAGUCGACCAGCUCCGAGUCCACGACCGAACCACAACUUCGUCGGCACUCCUUCAUACAGUCAACAACAGGAACAACUCAACAGAAGCCGAUGGUACCAAACCAAACCACUUGCUCAGCCAUCUCCGACUGCAAGUCGCUCGCCAGUGAAGCGUCUUCGCGUAGACUCAGCUAUCUCUGUGUCGGACUCUCAAGUAGGCUUCGGUCUCCGCUCUCCAGAGGACGCAGCAGUGCGUGAACUAAGUCGAAUUGCCUCGGAGAUUCGCUCCGAGUUGCUAGCUUGUAUCACUGCCCGUGUCACCGGUUUCCUGCGUGUCCACCGCGAGCAGACCGAGCCAACACGUGACGCUGAUGCUGACGCUGUGGGCGAAGCUGUGGGCUCGGAUAUCCGUCACCAACUCGCUCUACUACAGCCAUCGACUAGCACAACAGACCCGAAGCUCUUAGAUGCCGAGACAACGUGCAUGUAUCGCGUGGAGAUUCUCAAAUAUAUCUCCCGUGAGCUGCCACGUGCUGUCCAGGAUGCAGUUGACAAGCGACUGCCGGCACCGGAGAAGCUCAAGCAACGGCCGGCAAAAGACCGGUCGCUACUUGCACUGCUAGUGCAGAAGGCUCAGAAAGCUCUGGAGCGACAGAUGCACACGGAGACUGCCGCAGUAAGUACAGGACGUCGCUGA